UAAUAAUAUCAGUUUUUCUGUAAGUCUGAAACUGAAACAACCAAGAAACUCGUCAACAACUUAUAUCCCCUCAAAGAUCUCACAUUCUUUCUCUAGCUUCUCUAAACUCCUCAACUCUCUCUCUCUCCUCUCUUUCUCUCUCUAUCUUCCAAUGAAGCAGACGAGACUACCCCAUCUCCUUUAGAUGACGAAACUGCCCUCACCCUCCGUCGCCGUCUCUCUCGCCGUCGCCGUCAUCUCCGUUGUCUUCUCCAUCGCCGAUGCCCUCGGUUCCGGCGCCACCCUUGCCGUCACCCACUCCGGCGCCGUCUGCGGAGUCGUUGCCAGCAGGCCCACGCAGAGCAUCGUCUGCCACCGCCGCUCCCAAAACGUCGACGUUCUCCCCAACGUCUCGUACUCCUCCAUAUCCGGCGGCCGGACCACCCUCUGCGGCCUCAGAACCGGCGGCGAUAGCCUCUUUUGCUGGGGCAACCUCCUGUCGGAGAACGCCACCGCCGUAACGGAGUCCCGGAGGGUCUACUUCAACACCACUGUUGUAUUGGAAAAUCUCGCCGUCGGAGACCACCAUAUCUGCGCGACGGUGGCGAGUAACGGCACGGUGAAAUGCUGGAGAUACGACCAUUCCUUCCGUCUCCCAUCUGGGUCGGACCGGUUCGCUUCGAUUUCAUCCGGGUCGGGGUUUUCCUGCGGGAUUUUGAAGGAAAACUCGCGGGUUCGAUGCUGGGGAAGCGGGUCGUCCCCGAGCCGGAUUGAAAAUAGGUUUGGUAACAUGUCCAUGACGAGCAUUUUCGCCGGAGGUUCUCACGUCUGCGGGGUCAAUACCACCGGGUUUUUGGUCUGCGAAGGGAACAACGAUUCCGGUCAGUUGAAUACUCCGAUUGGAUCGGAAGCUUUCGAGUAUUCUCAGCUUUCUCUUGGAGCUAAUCAUAGCUGCGCAAUCAGGGCUUCGAAUAACACUGUCGUUUGUUGGGGAGGAGGAGGGAGAUUUUCCGUGAACGACACAAAUGGGGUUUCGUUUGAGCUGAUUGUUUCGAGCUUGGAUUUCACUUGUGGUUUAACAACUGCGAAUUUCUCUGUCGUUUGUUGGGGACCAGGUUGGUCUAAUAUAACCAAUAAUUCUUCUUCUUCUUCUUCUUUUUCUGUUGUGCCAUUACCAGAAAUUCUUCCCGGGCCUUGUGUUUCGUCCACUUGUAAUUGUUCUACUUACCCUUUAUCUCAAAAGCUCUGUUCUGGUAAAGGGAAUAUUUGCAAGCCUUGUUUGCCUCAAAUUUCAUCACCACCGCCAACCCCACAACAGCCUUUACCACCAUCACCGUCAAUUUCUCCGCCAUCGUCAUCGUCGCCGUCGGGGGCUUUGACGAGAGGCCUUUUGGCGUUCGCCAUUGUCGGAUCGGUCGGCGCAUUCGCCGGCAUUUGUACCGUGGUUUACUGCUUGUGGACCGGAGUCUGCUUCGGCCACAAGAAGAUUCACAAUUCGGUCCAGCCGACGAUCACAAGAGAGGCAAGCUCCAACGGUGGAGGAGGAGGGACGUCGAAUAAUAGUCCACCGUCGCGGUCGUCGACGAUUCGGCGCCAGGGGUCGAGAAUUAUGCGGCGGCAGAGGAGCGGGACGUCGUCGAAACACGCUGACAGAGCGGAGGAGUUUUCGUUCGCGGAGCUCGCAGCCGCGACGAUCAAUUUCUCGCCGGAGAACAAGCUCGGGGCGGGGAGCUUCGGGGUCGUUUACCGGGGAAAAUUGACCGACGGCCGGGAAGUGGCGAUCAAGAGAAGCGAAACGGCGCAACUGGCGAGGAAGUACCAAGAGAAAGAAAGCGCAUUUGAAUCGGAAUUGUCGUUCUUGUCGCGGCUUCACCACAAGCACUUGGUGAGGCUUGUGGGAUUCUGUGAGGAAAAGGAAGAACGGCUUUUGGUUUAUGAGUACAUGAAGAAUGGAGCUUUGUAUGAUCAUUUGCACGACAAGAACAAUGUGGAAAAGCGAAGCAGUGUCUUGAAUUCGUGGAAAAUUAGGAUCAAAAUCGCGUUAGAUGCUGCGAGAGGGAUUGAAUAUCUUCACAAUUAUGCAGUUCCUCCUAUAAUUCAUAGAGAUAUUAAGUCCUCCAACAUUUUGUUAGAUGCGAAUUGGACUGCAAAAGUGUCCGAUUUCGGGCUGUCCUUAAUGGGGCCUGAGUCCGGUCGUGAUUACCGGCCGACGAAAGCCGCCGGGACGGUUGGAUACAUUGAUCCUGAGUACUAUGGACUAAAUGUGUUGACAGCGAAGAGCGAUGUUUACGGGCUCGGGGUGGUGUUGUUGGAGCUGUUGACGGGGAAGAGGGCGAUUUUCAAGAAUGGGGAAGACGGGGGGACGCCGAUCAGCGUGGUGGACUUCGCGGUGCCGGCAAUAAUGGCCGGAGAAUUGGCGAAGGUUUUGGACCAAAGGGUUGGCCCGCCGGAGUUGAAUGAAGGUGAGGCUGUGGAGUUGGUGGCGUAUACGGCUAUGCAUUGUGUGAAUUUGGAAGGGAAAGAGAGGCCAACCAUGACUGACAUUGUGGCUAAUUUGGAGAGAGCUUUGAGUCUUUGUGAUGACAGUCAUGGAAGCAUCUCUAGUGGUGUAAUCUCCAUUGUUUCAGAGUAGGGAUAAUUGAAAAAACAAAAAAACAAAAAAAAAAGUGAUUUUUUAGCCUUUUGAUUCUUGUGGGUAUACUUCUUUUUCCAAUGUAAAGUUUAGGGGGCUUUCAUCUGACUUUUUGAUGUAGAAUUUUCGUGAAACUGCUAACUGAGAGAAUGAUUACAUUUUACAAUGAUUGAUUUUCAAGUUUGGGGCUCUUUUUAGGCCUUGCCCUUUUUAUUUGUCAGAGCCAUCAUGAAAUUGAUUAAACACUCUUAUUCAUUAUUCUCCUCCA